AUGCGGCUCAACCACUAUCCACCUUGUUCCAUUCCUCACCUAGCUCUUGGGAUUGGCCGCCACAAGGAUUCUGGUGCCCUGGCGAUCCUCGCUCAAGACGAUGUUGGAGGACUCGAAGUGAAGCGAAAAACAGAUGGAGAAUGGAUUCGGGUCAAACCUAUUCGUGAUGCUUAUAUUAUCAAUGUUGCCCACUACACCAUGGUGGAACCCCUGAAAGAGCUGACAGAUGAUCAAAACCUUGCCAAGUAUAAGGCAUAUAACUGGGGGAAGUUUUUUGCAACUCGAAGAUGCAGUAAUUUUCAGAAGCUUGAUGUUGAAAAUAUUCAAAUCUCUCAUUUCAGGCUCUCACAGAAAUCUGGUUAA